AUGGAGUUUGUUGGAUUGCUCUGUAAACUACUGUUGAAGUACUCAGCACACACGAGUUAUGAGACUUCACCAGUUAAAACAUACUUAACGGCUAAGCUGCCGAAACAACUGGAAAGCCAGCUGAGUUCUUACAUAUCAGCUUGUCAACAAGAUCCAGACCUCAAAUCCUUUGAUUCUUCGCUUCACCAACGAACCAGCAAAUUGUUCAGCUCGCUCGCGAGUCGAGGAGGCAAGACUGAAAAUUCAUCCUUAGACUCACUCAAGGAAGUCUGCGAGUUUCUAGUUGACCUAAGCCAAGAUGUGGUCAAGAUCAUUAUUGAAGGCAAAGAAGAUGUGUCCAAGAACCAAGAACUAAAGUCUUUGGUUGAUCUAUACUUUGAGAGUACCAACAAGACUUUAGAUUUAUUCAAUACCGUGGAGAAAUGCGUCGAGAAAGCAGAAAUCAGCCAGCUUGUCAUUCGAGUUGCGAUCCAACAGUUUGAAACAGAGUCGAUGGACACAGAUUUUGUAGGAAACAAGAAGAAGAAGUACGCGGAAACGUUGAAGGAGCUGAAUAAGGUUAAAGCUAUGGGAGAUCCUUUUGGUGACGAGUUCACGACUCAGUACGAGUCUGUCUACAAGGAGCAGGUUAUGCUUUUAGACAAGAUCCGUGAGCUGCAAGUAAUGCUUGAGAAGAAGCAUAAGAAUGUAAAGAAAUUGAGGAGAUUGGGGAAUAUUAUUUUCGCGACUGCGUUACUCUCUGUUAUCACCUUAUCGUUGAUCGUGACAUCUCCGGUGGUGGCUACGGUUGCGAUUGGAUUGGCCACACCGAUUGCAACUGCAGGGACAUGGGUCAUUGGUAUGUUGAAGGACUCUGAGAAGUCUGUGAAGACACAGAAACAUUUGUUUCUAUUGACGGAAAACAGUACACAAGUCAACAUCGAAUCGAUGAAGACGAUAAAGAACCUAGUCGAGACGCUAGUAAUAAGGAUCUCGUCGAUUUUGAAGACCGUGGAGGUUGCUGUGGAGAAAAGAGAAGAGGAGGCUAUGAAACUUGUUAUGCAAGAAAUCAUUAAGAAAGUUGAAGGGUUUGCUGAGAAAAUCGAGCAAGUUGGUGCAAAUGUGGCUAAGUGUAGCAAAGUGGUGGUUUCGGGGAGAGUUCUUGUUAUGGAACACAUAGCUAAUUCAGCUUCAUUGAAUGGAAACUGCAUCUUUCUCCCGAGUCUUGAAGAUCUUUUGGUAAGAGUAUUGAAGAUGUUGUAA